CAGACCUUCACAGACCUUCUUAUCGUACCUCCUUCCUGUUACUUAUUCUUAACUUCUGACGGCUCUUUACUUUCUGUAUCUAUACACGAGUUUAUACUGUGAUGUCUCACCCUACUGCAGAGGCCGAGCAAAUGCUUGCCGAGAGACCACAUGCGCCUGUAAGGACAGAAACAUUUCGCGCAUCCCGUCCACCUAUUGUCGGUCCAGAUAGCCCCACGCAACCAUUCCCCAUAUACCUGUCUGGUGCAGUCCAACGCGGAUUUGGAAGAGGAGGAAAGGAUCUUGGUUGUCCAACUGCCAAUCUGCCCGAUGACUCCAUAGCUCCCAUGAGCAGCGUCUGCGAGACCGGCGUGUACUAUGGAUACGCUCAAGUCUCCCCAUCUAAUGAUGAACAGACGGUGUUGCACGAGGAUGACAUUAAAGUACAGCCCAUGGUCAUGAGCUUGGGGUGGAACCCGUUCUACAAGAACGAACGCUUGACAGCUGAAAUCCAUAUCAUGCACGAGUUCAAGUCCGAUUUCUACGGGCAUAACAUGCGGGCCAUCGUCCUCGGUUACAUUCGCCCAGAACUCGACUACACGUCCAGAGAGGCUCUCAUUGAUGACAUCGAAACCGACAAACUCGUCGCCAUCAAGUCGCUUGAACGACCAGACUACAAGAAGUUUGCAUCCGACCCUUCAUUCCACCCUCAGAAACUGUGAAGCAGAACAGCACGAACCUCUCUAGAGGCCUUAGAUGUAGAGGAACGUCAUGUUGAAAAGGCCCACAUAUAGAGAUUGUAUUUUCAUUCAAGUAGAACAGGAUCUUCCCUGACCCUCGCCAUCGGCAACGCGCCGGAGCUUUCAGAUCCUUGAAUCUGUGCCAGCGAUCUACUGCCUCUCGUGAAGUCCUUGUCGACACGACUAUUGCUACCGAUAUCCUUAUAGAUCUCGCAGUGGGUGUCGAGGCCUUAGCGGUGCUGAUUGAGGAGGGAAAUCCUAUUGGAUAUUGUAGUUUACGCUUUCAUAGGUCUGCU